AUGGGUAGAGGAGGUGGCGUGAUGGAGAGUAAGGCAGUGGUGCUCACCCUGCUGCUCUGCCUGAGCAGCGCCGCCGUGGGCGCGUGGGCGAGGCCCGUGGCAAACAAGGGAAAGCACGCCAACGAGGAGAAGUUCCUCUUGAUCAAGAAGCACUUCGGCAAGGGGCUUGGAGGAGGUGGUGGGCUCGGUGGAGGGUAUGGCAAAGGUGCAGGGCUUGGUGGAGGGGGCGGUGGUCUCGGUGGUGGUGGCGGCUACGGUGGAGGUGGCGGCCCUAGCGGUGGGUUCGGCAAAGGCGGUGGACUUGGUGGUGGAUUUGGCAAAGGUGGUGGAGGUAUUGGUGGAAGUAUUGGUAAAGGUGGCGGCCUUGGCGGUGGAAUAGGCCAUGGCAUUGGCGGUGGUUUCGGUAAAGGUGGAGGUCUUGGCGGUGGCAUCGGCAAAGGUGGAGGUCUUGGGGGUGGCAUUGGCAAAGGUGGAGGACUUGGCGGAAGUAUUGGAAAAGGUGGCGGUCUUGGUGGUGGAAUAGGCCAUGGCAUUGGUGGUGGUUUUGGUAAGGGUGGAGGUCUCGGUGGUCGCAUCGGGCAUGGCCUUGGUGGUGGAUUUGGUAAGGGUCUUGGUGGAGGCAUUGGAGGUGGGUAUGGCAAGGGUGGUGGUCUUGGUGGCGGCACUGGCAAGGGUCUUGGUGGAGGCAUUGGAGGUGGGUAUGGCAAGGGUGGUGGUCUUGGUGGCGGCAUCGGCAAGGGCCUUGGUGGGGGCAUUGAAGGUGGGUAUGGCAAAGGCGGCGGUCUUGGUGGAGGCAUCGGCAAGGGCCUUGGUGGAGGCAUUGGAGGUGGGUAUGGCAAGGGUGGUGGUCUUGGUGGCGGCAUCGGCAAGGGCAUCGGUACAGGUGUCGGUGGCGGGUACGGCGACAAUAGUGGUCUUGGUGGUGGUGUAGGACAUGGUAUUGAUGUUGGCUUUGGAAAGGGCAGCGGUCUUGGAGGCGGUAUUGGCAACGGGUUCGGUGGCGGCUUUGGCAAAGGUGGCGGACUAGGUGGUGGAGGGGGCGGAGGAGGUGGUGGCGGCGGCGGUUUUGGAGGAGGCUUUGGCACGGGAAGCGGAUUUGGUUUCGGAUUUGGCAAAGGUGGCGGCGGCGGUGGAGGGAUUGGUGGCGGCCACUGA